AUGGAUAAAUUUGGAUACGUCUAUUUCAAGGAUAGGACAGGGGAUUCGUUCAGAUGGAAGGGGGAAAACGUAUCGACGUUAGAAGUGGAGCAAGGUGUCGGAAAAGCGAUCGGGGUCAAUAAUGGUGUCGCCGCGUUUGGCGUAAGUAUUCCUGGAAUGGAUGGGAAGUGUGGAAUGGUUGCCAUAAGUGAUAUCAAUGGUGGACUAAACAUUUCAAAUCUGCACGGAGAAUUGGCUCGCUAUCUCCCGCCAUACGCACGACCAGUGUUCGUCCGCGUGAUGAGAAACGAGUUGGAAACGACGGGAAGCUUCAAACUGCAAAAAAUGGAGCUACGGAAGGCAGGCUUCAGUUCGGCUUUAAUGAAUGGGGAUUUACUUUACGUUUUACAGGGUGGAAAAUACAUUCCAAUGCGGAGUGAAAUAUAUGAUGAUAUUUUACACGGGAAAUUUAGAGUUUGA